UUAGAAGAAGCACACAAUACCCCAUACUCAGUUCAUCCAGGGUCGACCAAGAUGACUCACGAUCUUAAGGAAAUGUAUUAGUGGCCUGGAAUGAAGAAGGAUAUAGCGGAGUACGUGUCUAAAUGUUUGGUAUGCCAGCAAGUGAAAGCAGAACAUCAGUGACCUGCAGGCUUAUUACAACCACUUAGCAUUCCAGAAUGGAAAUGGGACGACAUAGCCAUGGAUUUCGGGAUGGGUUUGCCUCGAACAAAUAGGCAGCACGACUCGGCUUGGGUAGUAAUAGAUAGAUUAACCAAGUCAGCUCAUUUUCUGCCUGCCAAGACUUCAUAUACACCAGAACAAUACAUAGACAUCACUACAACAAAACCCCAUUUCAAUAACACAUCAUUAUAAUACAUUUAAAAAAGUAUUAUAGUAUAUAUAUAUAAAGUAACAUGCGGCAAAGUGAAAAAAAAAAUGCCUAAGUCUUUUCCCUAUUAUGUAUAGUAGACUCCCAUUUUCAUCUCUUUCUCUCUCUGUCUCAUUUUCCUUCGUGCUAUACCCAUUUUCUAUACCCAUUUUCCUUUCUCUUUCCUUCUACGCUUACCAUUUUUUUUUCUUUCUGCAUCUCAUUUUUCGUUUCUUUUUUUAAAGAAGAGAUUUCUUUGAUACAGGGGAUUUUCAGAGUAUAUGAUUUCGGGAAAUGAAUUGGCCUAUCAACAGCUUUGCAGUGACAUUACACUGGAGUUCAAUAACUGCUCUAAACAAGUUGGUAUCCAUAUUCACAUCCCAAAUUUUGAAAUUCACAUAUAAAUAUAUGUUUAUAUUCUGUAUUUAAGUUUGUGAAGCGGUUUUCUAUGGUUUUUCGAGUUCAGGUCAUUGAAAUGGACAAUGGCGGAACCGAGCGAGUUGACUCAGCACAUUCUGUCUUACGUUGACACGUCUCGCUCCCAGACUCAACAGGCUGCAAGUUUGGAUUCUAUCACUUCACUCGUUAAGAAUGACUUGAUAACUAUUGAAACACUGGUCAAAGAGAUGGAAAUGUAUCUGACCACUACAGAUAAUGUCAUUCGAGUUAGAGGUAAGUUGAAGUUGAAUUCAUUAAAAAUUAACAAAGAUUUAGAUUUUUGUUUAAAUGGUGUUCACUCCACAACUAUUACAAAUUUUGGAAACUGCUGUUCUAUUAUGUCCUCAUCUUCAGGUACCCUUCUUCUUGCGGAAGUUCUUGGACGUCUUGCUUCAAAGCCACUAGGCAGUGCUAUCAUUCAUAGCUUAAUUGGAUUCUUCACAGAUAGGCUGUUUCUAUAUUGUGGUGGCUUCUGUUUUGGGCAAUUAGGAAAGUGA